UAGGGCCAAAGAGGCCAUUUCACAUUGCUAUCGUGGAAAUACAAGAAAAUGUGAAAUCCUUUGGCGCAUCAUUGAUCGUAUGUGGACAAACCAACUCCACCAACUGAUACAUGCCUUCGCCUACUUUUUGAACCCGAAAUUCUACUUCUCUGAUUCAUUUAGGGCUGAUGAGGAGGUCAUGGCAGGUGUUAUUACAUGCAUUGAUAAGAUGACACCUGAUCCUGAGUUGAGAGACAAGGUUCUUGAUGAGUUGGAGAUCUACAAAAGUGCAGAGGGGAGACUCUUCUCAUCACAACUAGCAAUCGAUAGGAGAGGAAAACAACAACCAGGUAAAAAAUUUAGUAACUUAGUUCAAUAGUGCAAGAAAAAACCUACAAACUUGAUUGUUACAUUUUUUUCUCAAUUCUAAUAUUUCUAAAUGUUUUUUGUAGAUUUAUGGUGGGAGAAUUAUGGUGCCGGCACGCCUAAUCUUCAAAAGAUAGCUAUCUGUGUUUUGUCUCAGCCAUGCAGUGCUUCUGGGUGUGAACGAAAUUGGAGUGUCUUUGAGAGCAUUCACACAAAGAAGAGAAAUAGAUUGUCACAAAAGCGGCUCAAUGAUCUAGUAUUUGUUCGGUACAACCUUCGCCUUCGAGUUAGACAGGUGGAGGGUGUUUCACAUGAGGCCAUUGACUUGGAUGAAAUUGAUCCAUAUGGUGAUUGGACCAUGAAUGAACAAAAUGAUGGUGAUGAUGUCCUCCUUACCGAAGAAGAAAUUGCAGAAAUAGAGAGAGGAGCAGCACAAGAUGCAAAAGGAGCAAGAUUGGAUGAAAUGGAGGAUGGAGAUGAGGACGAAGAUGAGGAUGAUGAUGAGGACUUUGACUUUGAAGAAGAAUCAUCUCACCAUUUAGAUACCACAACACCCACUGCUACUACUUCUAGCUCAAGGCCUGAAAAAUUGAGCUAUAUUAGGAAAAAUACAAAGAGGAAGAUGUAGUCUUCUCUUUGGUUUGUUCAUUCACAUUGUUGUUUUUCACAUUUGGAGUUGGACUUGGACAUAUCAUUAUAUGUAAUUAUGUGAACAUUUAUAUACUUAUGCUGCCAUUAUACAUUUUAGAGUUGAAAGUUGAAACUUGAAUAUGCUGCCAUGAAUGAUGAAAUUUCAAAUAUUGCGUGUUUGUAGAUCAUAUGACAUGUGUAAUGUUUCAAUUAUGGCACUUAUGUUCUCUAAAUGCAUUAAUUUCUUUAUGUU